UGAACCAGAUUGCUAUAGCCCAGAUGUUAGAGGAGCAGAAGGGGUUGAUGCAGGUAUCAAUUCAAUAAUAGGGAAGGUAGACAACCUCACUACGACCGUCACUUUUCACCUGUCAUUCCUGAACACCUGUAUACAAGAUGCUCAGAUGAGAGCAAACUCGACCAGUCAGAUGCUAGAUAAGUUGAGUCAGCUGAUUGAUGUAAAUAAACUCGAUUUGCCAACUGCCAUCAACAAUACCCUUCAGAAUUUUGGUGCUAAAUUGAAUGAAUCAUUGACGCAGAGUAACGAUGAGAAAAGUAUUCAACUGAGAGAGGAAAAUGAACGCAUGAAGGAGGAGAUCAAGAUGGCGGAGGAGGAGAGUAGGAGGACAAAAAUUGACAUGCGUUUAGCUGAAGAGGAAAGUAGACAAGUGAAGGCUGAGAUGCGUAAGGUGGAGGAAGACACUAGGAUGAUAAAAGAGAGGAAUAGAGAGUUAGAGAGAAGACAUUCAGAAGUAGAAGGAAUUAGGAAUGAGACAGAGAGGAUAUUAGAAGAAUUACAGAGAGACAACCAACAACAUGAAGAGACAAAUAGAAAUAUGAAAGAAGAGAAGAAGCAACUCGUAGAUAAAAUAGCUUCAAUGGAAGAAGAGAAUAAAGAAGUACGGAAGAUAAAUGAAAUAAUAACACAAGAGAACAGGGAUAAAGAACAAGAGAUAAAAAUAAUUCAAGAAGAGAAGAAUAACAUUGAACAGAAGAACAGACUAAUGGAAGAAGAACACCAAAAAUGCAAGAAAAAUGUCACAGAUUUGUCAAAGAGACCAACAGUACCCCAGGAUUGUGCUGAACUGUACUGCAGUGGUGUACGGCAGAGUGGGGUGUACUUUAUCAAUCCUGGAAGGUCAACACAAGUGGCAGCUUGGUGUGACAUGACAACUGAUGGAGGAGGAUGGACAGUGUUCUUAAAGAGAGACCACACAGGAACCCAUGAAAACUUUUCCCGAGGCUGGCAAGACUACACGGUGGGCUUUGGUGAUCCCAACCAGGAGUAUUGGCUAGGAAACGACGCCUUGCACCACCUCACAACGCCCACACCUCAAGUGCUACGAAUUGACGCCCAUAAUUUCCAAAGUGUUCACCGGUGGGCGCAGUGGAGCGUGUUCAGUGUUGGUGACGAAGAUUCUGAGUACCAGCUACAGGUAGAAGGGUACCAACAAGACAACAGUACAAUGGGAGACUUCCUGGUAGCCAACCAUAACCUCAAUGGUUACAAGUUCUCAACCAAAGACCGAGACAACGAUGGCACACCCAAUCGUGUUUGUGUGGAGUCAUUCUCAGUGGGCGGUGGUUGGUGGUACAACAACUGUGCCUAUAUCACCCCCACAGGUCUUCACCAAGGCUCGGGAAAACACAUGCUUGCCUUCUGGACCCCAAACAACAAGAACUGGAGUACUGUCAAGAUACUACAAAUUAAAAUACGUCCCAGAAGCUACCCAGUGUGUUGAAGGCUAGUGUAGUGGUUUAAGGGUGUUUAAACUGACAUACAGACAGUAAUUAUUUUUGAGAAAAGAUGGGGGAAUAUCCACAUAUACCCAACUUACACAUACGCACACACACACACACACACACACACAUA